AUGCCAACACGGCCAGUAACGGCUCCUACAAGUUCCAGUGCGCCCCUAGAAAGACAAGCGGGUUUCUGGUCCCGUCGUACAAUUACAGCCUACAUUCAAUCCAAGAUAGAUCCACAUGCUAUGACUGUACAAAUUCCCGACUUACAUAGUUUUCCUGAGUCUGACUUGGAUAUCAAACCACUUUCGAAUCAAGCGACAUUUGACACUGUUGGCUCCGGUUCCGCACGAAAUCCAGGCCCUGCUCACGACCUCCCUAUCUGGCAAGUUGCUCGAGCAACAUCUGCUGCCCCACUUUACUUCAAAGAAAUCUCUAUCAAGGGCUCUAGAUACCUCGAUGGUGGCUUUGGGACCAAUAACCCCUGGAUGGAGAUCAUUGAAGAGGUACGCAGGAUGAAUAAUCUGAAUGAUGAUUGCCUACAGAAUGUCAUCAGUAUUGGCACUGGGGUCAAAAGACAGCGGCACAUACCUAAAUCUUCUGUCGGUUUAGGCAAAUUUAGUGAUUUGUUUCACUUUGCAACACAGCUGGUUACUGAAUCGGAAGUGACUCACGAGAAAGUGAUAGAAAAGCAAAGUACUUUAGGAUACCGCUUCAAAUAUGACCGCCUCAAUGUCGAUGGGCUUGAAGAUAUCAAAUUAGACGAAUGGAAGACCAGGGGUCCUCUCAAAGUAUGGAUAGGGAAAUUUGUUCAAAGUAAGAGCCACAAAGGAGAUCAAUGCAAAGUGAACGGACAUCCACUCACAGACAAGAAUGCCAGCGCAGCGAACGAAACCGCUCACUUUGGAGAUGAUGAGGCCAAUCAAAAAGCUCGUAAAGAGGCUAAGAAUGUUGGAAUACCUUCCCAGUUCCAAGAUUGCAAUGAAACUCUUGACAGAAUCCGCGAGCGAACGGGAAACUAUCUCAAAAAGGAGGAAGUCAAGAGUCAAAUAGCCGACUGUGCUAUGAUCGAGUCGCAUCUGAGGACAAAGCAUAGGCAUGUCUUUACGGGUACUUUUGAGGCACGGGAGAAGGAGCUUGAUGAGAAGAUUGCCGCAUUUCAGGUUAUCAGAGAAUGA